UUGUCCAUUGUCGGGGCCAUCUUGCAAGGUUUGUCUAACAGCUAUGGUUUCUUUUUGGGGGCUAGAAUUGUGUUGGGUUUUGGUGCCAUGAUGGCAACAAUCCCUUCUCCAACGUUGAUUUCCGAGAUUGCCUACCCAACUCAUAGAGAGACAUCUACUUUUGCUUACAAUGUGUGCUGGUACUUAGGUGCCAUUUUUGCUUCUUGGGUUACUUAUGGAACCAGAAACAUUCAAAGCAAGGCUUCUUGGGCUAUCCCGUCAUACCUUCAAGCUGCUUUGCCUUUCUUGCAAAUUUCUAUGCUUUGGCUUGUACCCGAGUCCCCCAGAUACCUUGUUGCCAGAGGCAAGAUCGACCAGGCUAGGGCCGUUUUAUCAAGAUUUCACACCGGAAAUUCAACUGACGCCAGAGACAUUGCUUUGGUAGACUUCGAGCUUCACGAGAUUGAGAGUGCAUUGGAGAAGGACAAAACUAUAUCUUCGUCGUACUUUGACUUCAUCACGAAAAAGAAUUUCAGGAAAAGAGGCUUUUUGUGUGUGGCUGUUGGUGUGGCAAUGCAGCUCUCUGGUAACGGUUUGGUCUCCUACUACUUGGCUAAGGUGUUAGAUUCUAUUGGAAUUACCGAGACUAAAAAACAGCUUGAAAUUAACGGAUCCUUGAUGAUUUACAACUUUGUGAUCUGUGUGGCCUUGAUGAGUGUCUGCAGGAUGUUCAAGAGAAGAACGUUAUUCUUGACAUGCUUUUCAGGGAUGUUGGUGUGCUACACAAUUUGGACGAUAUUGUCUGCCCUUAAUGAACAGAGAAACUUUGAGGACACAGGAUUGGCGAAUGGAGUGUUGGCAAUGAUUUUCUUUUACUACUUCUUCUACAAUGUUGGUGUGAACGGCUUGCCAUUCUUAUACAUCACUGAAGUCUUGCCAUACUCUCACAGAGCCAAGGGUUUGAACGUUUUCCUGAUGGCUCAAUUUAUCACACAAGUUUACAACGGUUACGUCAACCCCAUCGCUAUGGAUGCCAUCGAAUGGAAGUACUAUAUUGUGUACUGUUGCAUUCUUUUCGUUGAGCUUGUUGUUGUCUUUUUCACAUUUCCCGAGACUUCUGGAUACACUUUGGAGGAGGUCGCACAGGUGUUUGGUGACGAAGCGCCUGGUCUUCAGAACAGAAAGUUGGAAGAUGAGAAGAACUCUAUCGAUCAUGCUGAGCAUGUUUGAUUUUCAAUUCACAUUGAUUCACUGCGAGUCCCUAAGGACAGCAGACUGUUUCCAUUUUAAGUAUAGUUAAC